AGUUUCAAGCGCAUUCCCUCAGCCGCAGAGAGAGAAAUGGAGGGGAUAAAGAAGGAGGAUGGCGGCAAGGAGGAGAAGACGGACGGGGAGGUGGUGCACCUCCGGAGGGAGAUCGGGCUUCUGCCUGCCGUGUCCUUCAUCAUCGGGACGGUGGUGGGGAGUGGUAUCUUCAUCGCGCCCAAGGGAGUCCUGAUGAACAGCGGCAGCGUGGGACUGUCGCUGCUUGUGUGGGCACUGUGUGGCGUCCUCUCUCUGUUUGGGGCCCUAUGUUACGCUGAGUUGGGCACCACCUUCACAAAAUCGGGGGGUCACUACACAUACCUGCUGGAGACGCUGGGCCCACUUCCUGCCUUCCUACGCCUCUGGGUUGAGUUUUUAUUCAUCAGACCAGCUGUGGCCUCCUACGUGUCCCUGGCUUUCGGCCGUUACGUGGUGGAGCCCUUCUUCGCGCCAUGCGCCGCACCCGCGCCGCUGAUCAAACUGGUCAGCAUCCUCGGCGUGACGUUUGUCGUGGCGGUGAACUGCUGGAGUGUGAGCAUGGCAUCUCGCACCCAGGUCACCUUGACUUGCAUUAAGAUGUUCGCUCUGGUCCUCAUCGUCAUCCCCGGUGUCAUCGCAUUGGCAAAAGGAAAGACGGAAAAUUUUCAGAAUGGUUUUGAGAUGGAUUCGUUGACACUGGAUAAGUUGCCACUGGCCUUCUAUAAUGGCCUAUAUGCCUACGGUGGAUGGUUUUAUCUGAACUUUGUCACGGAGGAGGUCAUAAACCCCAACAGAACCAUCCCGCUGGCAAUCAUCUGCUCCAUGGUGACAGUGACGGUCUUUUAUGUGCUCGUUAACGUGGCCUACUACACCAUGAUGACCCCCGCCGAGCUGCUGCUGUCUGAAGCCGUGGCCGUGACGUUCGCCAACCGAGCUCUGCAGGGGGUGGCUUCUGUGAUCCCCAUUCUUGUGGCCUUGUCGUGCCUCGGAGCGCUCAACGGGGGCUUCUUCGGGGCGCCCAGGAUGCUGUUCGUGGGAGCCAGGGAGGGACACUGGCCGCUGAUCUUCUCCAUGAUCCACAUACGCAGACGUACGCCUUUACCUGCUGUGAUGUUACUGUACCCGUUGGUGGUGCUGAUGCUGAUCACCGGAGAAAUCUACCAGCUCAUCAACUUCGCCUCCUUCUCCCGUUGGUUCUUCAUCGCCUUGGCAACCCUGGGGAUGCUCAUCCACCGCUGUCGUUUCCCUCUCAAACCGAGACCUUUCAAGGUGCCCCUGGCCAUCGCGGUCACCUUCACGGUGGUUUGCUUCUUCAUCGUGGGCCUGUCUCUCUACUCGGACCCCUGGAACACGGGGCGGAGCUGCGCUCUCACCCUGACGGGGGUCCCGGUUUAUUAUUUGACCGUCUACCGCUUUCGACUGCCCCACAGAUGGCGACGCAUCUUCAAUUAUUGCAGCAAACAGCUGCAGAUCCUUCUAGAAGUGGCUCAACAGGAGGUCCAGACAUACUGAAGACGCCCUGCUUCCUCCACGGAUAGCACCCUGUAGUCAAGUUGCACCUGUAUUUUAAACAGAUGUGUUUGAACUUCAUCAUGUUUCUAAGUCACUGUUUAGAUAAAAUACUUAACACUCAGUAGAAUUUGGCUGGUUUUUGAGGUACCAGAACAUUAAAACUUUUGCAAAAAAAAUAAAGUUAUUUUCUUGAAUCACA